AUGGAAUCGUCCUUCAGCAUGGCGACUGCUGUGUCCACGAAACCCCCCGCGCCCAAAAUCAAACGUGCUGCUCCGUCAUACAUCCAGACCGGCAUCAAUGGCGCGAAGCCGUCACAACCAUCUCCGUCUCCACUGGGCUUGGCUUCAAGUCGCGUUGCAGGCGCCAAACAGCCAGGCACGGCAACUCCAACAAGUGCUACCGCCGUAAAUGGCGCAAAUAAUCGUCAGCCAACGCGCCCGAGGAAAGAGGUACUGAAACCCAGCGACUCUGCGUCUCGUUUACAGCGCCUUUCGAUAAAGCCCCCCAGCGCAGAUGGAGCUGCUAUAGACCGGAGACAACUGAAGAAGUUUCCGGAGCCAUAUGUUAAAACUACCUCCUACAUCCUUAAAAAGUACUCAAAAGUUCCGCCGUCUUUAACUAUACAUCUACAUCCCACACACUUCCGUUUCGACCAACAGGAUGGCAGCUUUCCCUAUAACUCCGAAAUGAAGGUCAUAAUCGAACACAUCAAGGCUGGCACCGUUCCCCACGACAUGAUUGAGGAGUUGGUGAGGGGCGGUGUUCGGUUCUACGAGAACUGCCUUAUCGUCCGUGUCGUGGAUCAUAAAUCUAUCACCACCCAACCUAGCCCCUCAUCCAAUGCCGCUUCCGGGGAAAAGAGCUCACCUUUUUCUUUGCACAAUUACAAUCAGCACAUCACCCCUUCACCAUUCGUUCCAUAUCCGCGACAGAACCAGUCGAAGAUAAAACCUACCAUUAAUGGAUCUUCUACAGAUAGCAGCCAGAAAGCAGAUGAACAGCCAGCUUCGGAAACAAAUAAGGAGAACGGAGCACCCAACGGGAUUACGGCAGGAUCUAGCAGUUCAAAGCAAUCAGCUCUGAAACCUAAAGUUUUCACAACUGUACUUCAUCCCACUCCUCAGUCACUGCUGGCAGAGUUGACGCUAUUGUCCAUGACUCCGGAUCCACGAGCUGUAAAUCGCCGUCAGCCUCAAGCAUAUUCCGCGUCGCGAACUGGAUCUGCCGCCCAACCUCCUACUCCCUUGUCUGCGUUGCCAUCUUCUCCGGUAACUGACCGUGCGCCUCCAGCAAAGCGACAAAAGAUGAUGGUAGAACCAUCAGAACUUCUAGAAGCCGAGGCAAAACUUAUACAUGCCACAGCUCCACCGCUCUACCUGGAGCCGGUUGAUGGAUUAGCAGCUAGUGCGAAUCUUCUUAAGUUCUUGGAAGAUCCUCGACAUUGCAACAAACCGCCUUCGCCAAAGACUAGAAGACGGACUGUCGCAGAGUUAGCUGCGGAUGAAGCAUUGGCCGCUGAGGAGGAACGAUUCAUGCUUAUCAUGGAUGAGAGGCUAGGACCUUCUACGUCUGGCAACGGCGGGGCCGCAAAAGCUCCUAAUGUUGAUGAUGAAAGUGGUGCUGCUCCAUUCGAACCUAGGUUUUCGAGAUUUAAAACGCUCGAGAAAAUUCGCCUUGAACACGAAGAGAAAGCUAAAAUUGAACACGAAAAGAAGCUUCAACAGGACCACGCUAAAAGAUUACAGCAGGAAGCUGAGAGAGAAAAGCGACGCGCAACUGAACAGCGAUUGGCAGAAGAACAAAGUAGAGAAGAUAGUAGAAGACAAGCAGCGGCAGCACAGCAUGCUCAGGUACAAGCACAGGCGCAACUCGUGGCAGCACAGAAUCGACGGCCCCAAUCCCGGGGGAACCCGCCUAUGGGAAUUCCUCAUCAGCCGCAGCCUCAACAAAUGGUUCCAGCUUCUCAGGGUCAACAGUCGUCUCCACUUGUGCGGAAUAUAACCCCUCAUAGCUCGUCACCUAUGACAGGAAAUUUAAUGGGACCCCAGAUGAAUCAAGGAAUACCAAUGGCUAUGACCAGCUCGGCACAAGGGGCAGGAAGUCCACUUCAAGUUACAUCAGGCGUUCAGCAUAGCCAUCCAGCUAUUAUGGGACAUCCAAUGGUUACUACGCGAAGCCAACAGGGUCCAAGUAGGCAUGGUACUCCCCAGAUGGCGCACGGGACACCGGCUAUGUCUCAUGCCACACCGAUAAUGCGCAAUGCAACUCCCACGCAGAGAAUGACCCAUGCAAGCCCCAACGCAUCUACCAUGGUUCAGACGCCCGUCAUGAACCAUGCAAUAAUGGCCAAUCCUCAGAUGAAUGGUGUAAUGAUGACCCCCCAACAACAACAGCAGGCUAUACUACAACAGCGGCAACAUCUUAUGAUGCAGCGGAAUUUGCAGGCCCAGGCCGGUGGUCAACAGUUUACACCACAGCAGAUGGCACAGCUUCAGCUUCAGGCCAAUAUGCAUGCCCAACAUAAUAUUCAAAAUGCUCAACAACACCCCAAUAUAUUCAUGCAGCAGCAAGCGCAGGCACAGGCACAGGCGCAGCAGCAGCAACAACAACAACAGGAGCAGCAAGCCCAACAACAGCAGGCGCAACAAAAUCAGUUCCCAAAUGCGGCAGCUUAUCAAGCCCAUGCCAUGCGAUCUCAGUUGGCACAAAUGCAAAUGUCACAGUCUCAAGCUCCUCACGGUCAACAGCAAGGAAGCUCACAGCAGCUCCCGCAACAGCAGGUCAUGCUCCAGGCCAAUGGUGUUGCUGCGCAAGGCCAAGGAGCGCUUCCUCCCCGUUACCGGCUACUCUACGCGCAGCGCAUGUUGCCGCAAGCUCAAACCGAGGUACGAACAAAAUUCAUGCAGCAGUUCGGUCAUCCGUCGGGCUGGCACGAUGCCAUUCGCCAGCAGUAUCAAGAGCAAGUGGAGAAAACCUCCAAACAGUAUCUGCUUGAUUUUAUGAAGCGAGAAGGUCAACAACGAGCUCAACAAGCACAGGCUCAGGCCCAGGCCCAGGCACAAGCACAAGCACAGGCUAUCCAGCAUCAACAACAACAGCAACAGCAGCAGCAACAACAACAAGCCAUGAUGGGUAAUGGUAUAGGCAAAUAG